UGGGUAAGACUGUCACCUUGCUCCUUGUGUCCUGAAGUGAUGUCCUGCUUUUCCUUUUUUCCCCAGAAUUCUCUCUUUCUUUCCCACAGCUGGACCAUGGGCUCUGCUCAUUUCUGUGACUUCCUUGUUAUGUGUGCUGUGGGUCCCUGUGCUGAGCUGUGUAGAGUGCCCAGAGCAAUCGACUCCUCAAGCAUCCCUCAUACCUGUUACUUCAAAAAGUGCAGGGAAGGGUCUGGAAGUCAGGAGUCUUGAAGUUAACUUAAUGGAUCCCACCUUGUUUGCCUUCUCCCUGGCUGGGUGACUGUGUCCACAUUCCUGGCUUCCAGCUGUGCCCCUUUCCUCUAGCUGACAGUUCUUUGCAACUGCUUGUGCCAGGUCAUGAUCAUCAUUCACAUGAACCAUGGGCCGUUCUUGUAGGACCCUCCUUCAAUUGUAUUUUUAUUUUCCUUCCUGAAUAUUACUGCAUGACAAGUUGCAUGGGGCCAGUGGGGGCCACUUGGGGCCACUCAUUGUGUGUCUUUCAUUAAGACUUGCAUCAUUCAGGUUCUGAGGAGUUACACAGUGGAGAGUGCAGGGAAAACACUGGUUUUACAGGGUGGAUGUGGCAAAGAUGGUCUCAGAGGAGGUCUGGCCCUCAAGAGUGUCAGCUGGGGGAGGGCAUGACAUCAGGGCUGUGUUCAGAUCACACUGGCGACUUGCCAUGUGUUCAGUAGCGUUUUGGUGCAGGUACCACCAACCACGUGUUGUUUCUACCUUUUCUUCUGCAUACUUAACACUUUGCUGACUUGUCAUUUCACCAGAGACUUGCAGCUCCUUACACCCUUGUGGCCUUCCUGGGCUACCAGUUCCUCUGCACUGCUCCCUUUACGAUGUCCUCCAACAGUGACCUGCAUGUGGUGUCAGGAGGUGUGCACAUGUCCUUACGUCAUCCUUGAACCUGCUCUUCAGGUCCAGCUGAGUUUUAUCGGGACAGGCCAUAGCCAGCCUCCCACACAGUGUGCCCGUGUCGCUGGCAGAUAAGGUCCAACUGGAGGAGGAAUGAGGAGGCAGGAGCCCCUCCUCUAUGUGGUGCACCCUAUGCUUGUGUCUUGUCUGUUGAGGUCUUCUCUUCUGGUCUCUUCAGAGGCUUAGUACUGCCAAGCAGCCCCUACCCCAACCUGCCCCCAGCUGCCUUGUUCUCAAAGCAAUCACCUGGACACAACUUGUUGUGUCAGAUACACCUUUGAAAUGGGGCUUCCCCCCUUCCACCGAAGUCAAUGUGCAUUUCUUCAGCAUUUCUGCUUUCAUGUUGUAGGCAUGGGAUGAGGAGGCCCCUUCUGAGCAGGCUGUUUGUAGGAGAGUCCCAGAUCAGGGCUUCUCAGGCAGGUCUGUCCACACAGAAGAUCAGCCCUGUGAGAUGUGUAUCCCAGUGUCGAAAGAUACUUCACACCAUUGCUGAGUGCCAAACAGUAUACCCUUGGCAGAAACCAUACUUGGGUGCCACAUGUGUGAGAUGCUUCUCUUUCCAUGCAGACCUUCACCAGCAACAGAGGCAUGGCAGUCAGGAGAAGCCCUGGAAAAGAGAUGUGGACAGGGCCUUGUGUGUGACAAGCUGCAACUUCUGUGUGUCAGGGCAGCCUUUCACAUGUAGGAAGGUUGGAGAGAGCUCCCCAGCCGCCUUGAGACAUCUACAGCUCCAGACUAGUUCCAACACUGAGGAGCCACAUGGUGGCAGCCAGAGUGGGGAGGCCUAUUGCAGCAGGAAAAGUCAGUACAAUGGGGGUCAGUGUGGAAAAGCUAACAGCCACGACUGUGCACUUGAUCAACAUUGGAGUGUCUGCUCUGGAGAAGGGCUUUAUGAGGGGGGCAAGUGUGGGAAAGCCUUCAGCUACAACUACAGACUUGUGCAGCACCAGCGAAUUCACACUGAACGAAGGCCAUAUGAGUGUAGUGAAUGUGGGAAAUUCUUUAGCCAGAUCUCUGGCCUUAGUAAAGACUGGAGAAUUCACAGUGAUAAAGAGCCUUACGGAUGCAGAGAAUGUGGACAAUUUCUUACCCAUAACUUCAGUUUCAUAAAACACUGGAGAAUUCACACUAGAGAAAGAACUUAUGAAUGCAAUGAAUGUGGAAAAGUCUUUAUCUGGAGAUCUAAAGUCAUUCACCACCGGAGACUACACACUAGAGGAAUGCAUUAUGGCUGUGGUGAAUGUGGGAAAUCUUUUAGCUACAAAUCCAACCUUAUCGAACACCAUAGAGUUCACACUAGAGAAAGGCCUUCUGAGUGUAUCGAAUGUGGGAAGUCCUUUAGACAAAGCUCUAGCCUUUUCCGACACCAGAGAGUUCACCCUGGAGAAAGGCCAUAUAAUUGCAGCGAACGUGGGAAAUCCUUUGGACAGAUCUUUGACCUCAUUCGACAUGGGAGAGUUCACAGUGGAGAAAUGCCUUAUGAGUGCAGUGAAUGUGGGAAGUCCUUUAGACAGUUCUCUAACCUCAUUCAACACCAGAGUGUUCAUACUGGAAAAAGGCCUUUUUGGUGCGGUGUUUGUGGGAAAUCCUUUAGCUGCAGAUUUAUCCUUAUUCAACAUUAGAGAGUUCACACUGGAGAAAGACCUUAUGAAUGCAGGGAAUGUGGGAAAUCCUUUAGCCAAAAUGCUAGCCUUAUUCAACACCAGAGAGUUCACACUGGAGAAAGACCUUAUGAAUGCAGCAAGUGUGGGAAAUCAAAAUUUUAGCCGCAAAUCUAACCUCCUCAGACACAGGAGAGUUCACACUGGAGAAAACCCUUGAAUGUGAGGUACAUUAGAAUUCUUUGUAUUAUUGCCGAGUAGGAUUCUCUUCUGUGGAUAAUGGCUUUAUCCGUGCAUCUGUUCUGGACAUACAGGUUAUUUCCAGGUUUGCGGUGUUUACAAAUAAAGCUCCUGUGAAUAUUUACAUUCAUUUCUUUAUGUGGAUGUUUUAUUUCUCUUGUUGUAAUAACUGAAACUGCCAGAGAGAUCAGUUUCCCACUUCUUAGAAGUGGGAAACUGAUCUAUAAUGGUUAUGCUCUUUGGCCUUCCCACCAGUAGCACAUGUCAAUUCAAGUUCCGUGACAUCCUUGAAACAAGUAUGUAGUGGUAAGUCACUUUGGUUUUAAUUCCAUAUCCCAAAGUGUUCGUGAUGUUGAGCAUUUGUCAUUUAUUUGCUCUACGUUUGUCUUUGAUAAAAUGUGUGCUUGUAAUCUUUUGCCUGUUUUCUUUUUAUGUAUUUCUGUAUUUCUUACAUGGAACAAUUGUUUUUGAGUACUAGAAAAUUUUUCUCCCUCAACUUUUUGUCCUUUUCACAACUGAAAGCCCACAUGCUCCAGACUUAUGAAUAUGUUAGUCUGCAUCAGCAUAUUCUCCUCUGCUUUCUUAACUUAGUAACACAUUAAAUCAGGCCUAGGUUUUAAUCUUUGGCAACCCCUGGUUGCCACGGUAACCCUCAUGGUAAAUGUCAAAUUGCCAAGGUGAUGUCACUGAACACGGAGUUGGUAAAAUACUCCAGUAGCAACUCAUUGUGUUUCUGUUCCCAAAGUACUGAGAGCGUGACCAUAGAUAACUUUAAGAACAUAGGUAAUAAAACUGUAAAAUGACCAGUAAGUGGCAAGUUUUAAAUAUUU